UGCGUAUAUAAACCCCACCAAAAUCCUCUUCCUCCACUGCUUCUUCUCUAAUUUGCGAUUCAAACUUCCACUAAACAGGAACCAACAAUUCCGAAGCCGGAGCUCAUAUCCAUAUCCAUCCUCAACUUUCAGUUCUUCAUCGUUUUCGUUUUCAAGGAUAUUAAAGGAUCUUAUUAUGCCAUAUGGGUAUAUCUGGUUCCUGUCCAUUUGCUGAGUUUAUUGAUUUGGGGAACAGUUUACAAUCUAUUCUGAUAAAAUCCUUAAGUUUUGGAGAUGAAGAAAAAACUCCAAUCAGGUCUGUCAGUUUUACAAGCAGAGAUUCAGAACCAAAAGUGUUGAAAUCAGUGAGUUCUCGAAAUGUAUCGUUGGAAGCAUCUAUUAACUUGAACGGAAGAGAUUUAGAGAAUCUGCCUUCAACGGAGGCUUCUUCAUUAGAAACAGGAAAUGACAUAGGCGUUGCAUCCAUCAACCCGGAGAGUGUAGAGUUUGAUAAUCAAUCACUAAGUUUAGAUAAUGAUAUGGAAAGAAUCAAAAUGUUACCAGCUUUGGAUCCAACCAAUCCCAAGCAUGUUGCUGCUCUUAAAUUGCAGAAAGUGUAUAAAAGCUUCCGCACUAGAAGAAAGCUUGCAGACUGUGCUGUUCUGGUUGAACAAAGCUGGUGGAAACUCUUAGACUUUGCUGAACUGAAGCGAAGUUCUGUAUCAUUCUUUGACAUGGAAAAACGUGAGUCUGCCAUUUCACGCUGGUCAAGAGCAAGAACUAGAGCAGCUAAGGUUGGAAAAGGGUUAUCCAAGAAUGCUAAAGCUAGAAAGCUUUCUUUGCAGCAUUGGCUUGAGGCGAUUGAUCCGCGACAUCGCUAUGGCCACAACUUACACUUUUAUUACAUGAAAUGGCUUCAUAGUCAGAGUAAAGAACCCUUCUUCUACUGGUUGGAUAUAGGAGAAGGGAAGGAAGUAAAUGUGGUCCAAAAAUGCCCGCGAUGGGAACUCCAACAGCAGUGCAUCAAGUAUUUGGGUCCUAUGGAAAGGCUUGCAUAUGAAGUAAUUGUGGAAGAUGGGAAACUCGUAUUCAAACAAUCGGGGAAACUCGUCCACACAGCUGAAGAAGCCAGAAAUACAAAAUGGAUUUUUGUCCUAAGCACGUCAAAGACUAUGUAUGUUGGAAAGAAGAAGAAAGGUACGUUCCAGCACUCAAGCUUCUUGGCUGGAGGAGCUACAACUGCUGCUGGGAGAUUGGUUGUGGACAAUGGUGUUCUCAAGGCUGUUUGGGCUCAUAGCGGACAUUACCGACCCACUGAAGAAAACUUCAAGGACUUCAUGUCAUUCCUUAAGGAGAACAAUGUAGAUCUUACUGAUGUGAAGACAAGUUCCAUUGAUGAGGGGGAUGAUUAUCUAGACUGCCAAACGAGUAGGCGCCAUGUUAGGAACAACUCAUCUGAGGAGGACAUCAUAGAAAAGCUGAAGGGCUUUGAGAGUGAAGAGAACAAUAUGGAAGAAUCCACUGAAGGAAAAUCUGAUUCAUUUGAGCAAACACAACCUUCCAUUGAAUUAUCAGAGCGAAAGCGUCGCAACAUUGGGAAAAAGUUGGCCAAUCUUGAGAUACCAAAUAGGGGUGAAGUGAUUGCGAUGUUUGAGAGAGAACAAGAAGAUAAAGGGAGUACUGAAGUGAAGGUUGUUCCCGAGGAGUCGGUCCUUGGAAGGUUAAAUUCACAUAAAGAUGCCAAUUCAUACCAACUGGGGAAGCAGUUGUCUUGCAGAUGGACAACCGGAGCCGGUCCCCGCAUAGGCUGCGUGCGAGACUAUCCAUCACAACUUCAACUACAAGCGCUGGAGCAAGUGAGGUUAUCACCAAGAUGCGACACAUUGUAGGCAUCACUGCAAUCCUUAUGUGGCCAUUGAGAUGAGCCCAAGGACGACAAUACCUCCAACUUUCCAGGCCACAUAACUGGAAACAUAAGAAGAUGACUGACCAUUCCUAGACAUGAUCCUCUUACCUUUGUUUUUUCAUUCAGAGGAAAACAUCAGAGAAUGGAGCAGAUAGUAGAUCAUUCUUUUGUAUAUACAUACAAAAGAGAUGAUGUGGGAAUUCUUGGUGAUUUUUUCCUACCAUCCCAUUUUUUCAUUUUCCUUCUUUGUGUAACGAAGAGAAAUUGCAUACAGUUUUGGUAUUCCAUUUCUUCUUAGAAUGAAUACAAGCAGAAGUUGUAGAGUUUUAUGAGUUCA